CAUCUCAGUGCAAAGAGAUCCAACUGCGGAUGUGCAUUUUCAUUCUCCUACUGGCUUUUUCAUUUGCGUCUUGAAAUUCGUUAAGUUAUGUUGUUUGAUUUAGUGAGAAAAUGAUAGGCUUGAUGUUAGUGACCACUGGGGUACUCCAGGACUUAAUGACGAGGUCUAUCAACGUCCUGCUGAGGUCAGUCGCAGUAUCAGCACAGACUGUCAGGCCUGAGACUACUGCGUGCAAGACAGACAUGCGCAAUGGCUCUGACGUGGCUGCUGAGUCCGAGACGAAGCCGGAGAGUCGCGAGAGUCUAAAUGGACCAGGCGCAUGCGCACCUACGGAUGAGGCCCCACAGACCAGUGUAGCAGGAAAGUCCGCAUCACCGGCAGAUGUUGUAGACAACCGGAGUGGCCGUGGCACAGAUGACACCAUGGCCAGUGUCGGAGUCUGCGACGACACCACGGCCAGUGUCCGUGUCUGCGACGACACCACGGCCAGUGUCCGUGUCUGCGACGACACCACGGCCAGUGUCCGUGUCUGCGACGACACCACGGCCAGUGUCCGUGUCUGCGACGACACCACGGCCAGUGUCCGUGUCUGCGACGACACCACGGCCAGUGUCCGUGUCUGCGACGACACCAAGGCCAGUGUCCGUGUCUGCGACGACACCAAGGCCAGUGUCCGUGUCUGCGACGACACCACGGCCAGUGUCCGUGUCUGCGACGACACCACGGCCAGUGUCCGUGUCUGCGACGACACCACGGCCAGUGUCCGUGUCUGCGACGACACCACGGCCAGUGUCCGUGUCUGCGACGACACCAUGGCCAGUGUCCGUGUCUGCGACGACACCAAGGCCAGUGUCCGUGUCUGCGACGACACCAUGGCCAGUGUCCGUGUCUGCGACGACACCACGGCCAUUGUCGGAGUCUACGACAAGAAGCCGGAGAGUCGCGAGAGCCUGAAUGGGCCAGGCGCAUGCGCACCUAUGGGUGACGCACCACAAGCCAGGAGGGCCGGAAAGUCCGCAUCACCGGCAGGUGUUGUAGGUCGACCUGCUCCGGUCAACCUGCCCCGUCAAAGCUCUCUGGUGCCUACCCCUGCACGGUCUACAGGCGACCGGGAUGGACAGCGUCCAGCCAACAAGACCGGUGCCAGGAAGAAGGUAACCUUCGCACCGUCUACAGACGAUCGGGAUGCCCAGCAUUCAGCUGACAAGAGUAGUGCCAGGAAGAAGGAAACUGGCGGCUCAGCCGGGGGUACAAAGCUGAAGGCGAAGGAAGCGCAGAAGGUGGGGAAGAUGAGAAGAGGAGGCAGGAGGCAGGCGCCGGCGAAGUCUCGGGAGGCGGCAAAGUCUCACGAGAAGAAAAAGUAUGGUAAGAAGGCGGCUAAGAAGGCUCGUUUGUAGCGCAGAAGGUAGCAGAGAGUGCUGACAUGUACGCGGUGGCGAGCCUUUCCAAACGCACGGAUCGGAACCAGGGUGUCUGCAGCUAUGUACCCACUCACGCCGAAUCUGAUCUUCCGUGCACCGGACAGUAGCUUAGUAAUCAGUAGAUAUGUAAGCAGUAAGCAGCAGAUACGUCCGAACAGACUGGUUGGUUUUGCGUGUAAAAGUCGCUCCUUUCGUAUCUGAGAGAGGUGAUGUUAUCGAGGACAUGAUACAAUGUUCUUGAUAUUGAUUAUAUAGUAUAUUGUGAUAUUGAUGUACAUUGAACGUAUAUAUACUUCUGUGCGUACAGACCGGUCAGUUUUGCGUGUAAAACACGCUCCUUUCGUAUCUGAGAGAGGUGAUGUUAUCAAGGACAUGAUACAAUGUCUUGAUAUUAUAUGCAUAUCGAAUGAUGAUAUUGAUAUAUGUUGAACGUAUGUGGUAUGUCUUCUGUGCAUCAAUAGAUACACACGAACAGACCGGGUAGUUUUGUGUGUAAAAUUAACCCCCUUCGUAGCCGAGAGAGGAGAUAUUAUCAAGGACAUGAUACAAUGUUCUUGAUAUAGGAUAUGAAUAUAUGAAGCUUUGUCACACAUAUGAAGUUGUAAACUACAGGUAGAAUUUUAUCCUGUAGUGCAUAAAUUCCACGUGGUAUUAUAUCCGUGUAUUUAGAAGUCUACUAUGUCUCAGCUAUAAAGUUGCUGACGUUGUGAAGUACACAUUAGAAUAAAAGAACAUGUUAUUGUUGUCAUGA